AUGGGUUGGCCUUCAAACGAUGCACCGGAAAUCGACAUUACUCCGGCCACCUUUGCACCACCACCACCUCAUAUGGGUUUUGAAAACCCAAUUCCUGCUUACCAAGAUACAACUGGGUAUAACCCGUUUGAGCCACAAGCUCCUACGGGUUAUUAUUACCAACAACCUGCCUAUGACCCAUACUUCGAGGCAGUCAAUUAUAACGCUCUCUAUCCCUCACCUUUUCCACUUGCAUACCCAACUGGGUAUCCUUCUUAUGGGUAUCAAUACCCACAACCUCAACCCCAGCUACAACCUCAACCUCCACUCCAUCAACCACAACCACAAGAAAUCUUACAAAGGGUGGAAGAAGUUGAACGUAGGGUGGAAGAACGUGAAAGAAAGACCCAUAAGUUUCUUAACGGUCUUGCAAACUUUAUCAAGGGGAAGAAGAGAGAUAACUGA